AUGGAUGCGGAUUUACGGCCUUCUCGGCGGCGCGAUUAUCACUCCAAACAGGAGGCCGCGGAGGGCGGCAGCAUUGCUUCUGCGUCAGCCCCCUCUGACCCGCCUGACGCUGGGCGGGCCCCUCGCAGGAGCUCCGGUGCGCACUUGGCUGGGGGGGGCCUGCGGGCUAAACGUCAGGCCUGGGGACGGGGCGGGCACUGGCGUCACUCUCCCCAGAGCCGCACGCGGGGGCUGUUCUCCCCACCCCAGAGCCAGCCGGGACGUCUGCGCGCCCCAGACAUCGACGCGCAGGAGGGGCCUGGCGGGCGAGACGGGGGAAUCCAAGCGCUCGGGAGCGACUGGAAGGCGGCAGGAGGGGCCUUCUCUGUGCCCCAGGCUCUCCCCGCAAUCUACGGCUGCAGCUUCUGCCUGCGGGCCGGAGAGGCGUCGGAGACGGCCCAGCGGCGGGCGACCCUGAGGCGGUGCGAAAACCCAGGACCCCUGAAGCACGGGCUGCCUGGGAGGGCAGGGCUGCGAGGAUCUGAAGUCCGCACACACGCAGGUGGGCGCAGCCUGAGAAAAGCGGCACCUGUGUGCAGCGGCCAUUGCAGAGCCGCGGUGGGACGUGCGGGCAGACCCUGGGUCCCCUUCGGGGUGACGCUGUGGAGCCUGCUGCCUGCGGAUUUGGAGAGGCGGCUCCGGGAUCCAGUGGGAGAGAAAGACGGAGACGUGAAGGAUUGCGGUGCUCCCAAGGAAAUGAAUAAACAACCAGCCAACAGCCUGGAGGCAGCGGUGGCGGCCGGCCACCACGAUGGCUCGUGCGCGCCCAGGACGAGCCCGGAGCAGGAGCUCCCUGCGGCCUCCGCCGCGCUGCCGCCACACGUGCCCAGGUCCGCUUCCACCGGCGCCCAAACUUUCCAGUCCUCUGACGCGCGAGUCUGUGAGGCCGAGCGCCAGGGAUUGGGGGCUUGCAAACUCAGUAGCCCGCGGCCGCCAACGGCCUCGGCAGCUCUGCGGGAUUUGAGCGAGACUCGUGGCUCUCAGGCUGCCCUUCCCGGGGGCGCCGGGCCCCGCAACGCGCUGCAUUGUAAGAUCCCGGCCCUGCGCGGCCCGGAGGAGGAUGCGAACGUGAGUGUGGGCAAGGGCACCCUGGAACGGAACAAUACCCAGGCCGUGGGCUGGGUGAAUAUGAGCCAGAGCGCCGUGGUGCUGGGCACGGAUGGAAUCACGUCUGUGCUACCUGGCAGCGUGGCCACCGCUGCCGCCCAGGAGGACGAGCAAGGGGAUGAGAAUAAGGCCCGAGGGAACUGGUCCAGCAAACUGGACUUCAUCCUGUCCAUGGUGGGAUAUGCGGUGGGGCUGGGCAAUGUCUGGAGGUUUCCCUACCUGGCCUUCCAGAACGGGGGAGGUGCUUUCCUCAUCCCCUACCUGAUGAUGCUGGCUCUGGCUGGGUUGCCCAUCUUCUUCUUGGAGGUGUCACUGGGCCAGUUCGCCAGCCAGGGGCCAGUGUCUGUGUGGAAGGCCAUCCCAGCCCUGCAAGGCUGCGGCAUCGCGAUGCUGAUCAUCUCCGUCCUAAUAGCCAUAUACUACAAUGUGAUUAUUUGCUACACACUUUUCUACCUGUUUGCCUCCUUUGUGUCUGUGCUGCCCUGGGGCUCCUGCAACAACCCUUGGAACACGCCAGAAUGCAAAGAUAAAACCAAACUUUUAUUAGAUUCCUGUGUCAUCAGCGAUCAUCCCAAAAUACAGAUCAAGAACUCGACCUUCUGCAUGAGCGCCUACCCCAACCUGACACUGGUCAACUUCACCAGCCAGGCCAACAAGACGUUUGUCAGUGGGAGUGAGGAGUAUUUCAAGUACUUCGUGCUGAAGAUCUCUGCAGGGAUCGAAUAUCCCGGGGAGAUCAGGUGGCCACUAGCCUUCUGUCUCUUCCUGGCCUGGGUAAUCGUGUAUGCGUCUCUGGCAAAAGGAAUCAAGACUUCAGGAAAAGUGGUGUACUUCACGGCCACGUUCCCGUACGUCGUGCUCGUGAUCCUCCUCAUCCGCGGGGUCACCCUGCCCGGGGCCGGCGCUGGCAUUUGGUACUUCAUCACGCCCAAGUGGGAGAAGCUCACGGAUGCCACGGUGUGGAAAGAUGCCGCCACUCAGAUUUUCUUCUCUUUAUCUGCCGCGUGGGGGGGCCUGAUCACUCUCUCUUCCUACAACAAGUUCCACAACAACUGCUACAGGGACACUCUAAUUGUCACCUGCACCAACAGUGCCACAAGCAUCUUUGCCGGCUUUGUCAUCUUCUCAGUUAUUGGCUUCAUGGCCAACGAACGCAAGGUCAACAUCGAGAACGUGGCGGACCAAGGGCCAGGCAUUGCGUUUGUGGUUUACCCCGAAGCCUUAACCAGGCUGCCCCUCUCUCCGUUCUGGGCCAUCAUCUUUUUCCUGAUGCUCCUCACUCUUGGACUUGACACUAUGUUUGCCACCAUCGAAACCAUAGUGACCUCCAUCUCGGACGAGUUCCCCAAGUACCUGCGCACACACAAGCCGGUCUUCACUCUGGGCUGCUGCGUUUGUUUCUUCAUCAUGGGCUUCCCAAUGAUCACUCAGGGCGGAAUUUACAUGUUUCAGCUGGUGGACACCUACGCUGCCUCCUAUGCCCUCGUCAUCAUUGCCAUCUUUGAGCUUGUGGGGAUCUCCUACGUGUACGGCUUGCAACGGUUCUGUGAAGACAUAGAGAUGAUGAUCGGCUUUCAGCCAAACAUCUUCUGGAAAGUCUGCUGGGCAUUUGUCACACCGACCAUUUUAACUUUCAUCCUCUGCUUCAGCUUCUACCAGUGGGAGCCCAUGACCUACGGCUCUUACCGUUACCCUCCCUGGUCCAUGGUGCUUGGAUGGCUGAUGCUCGCCUGCUCCGUUAUCUGGAUCCCGAUUAUGUUUGUGAUAAAAAUGCAUCUGGCUCCUGGCCGAUUUAUUGAGAGGCUCAAGUUGGUGUGUUCGCCGCAGCCGGACUGGGGCCCAUUCUUAGCUCAGCACCGUGGGGAGCGUUACAAGAACAUGAUCGACCCCCUGGGAACCUCGUCCCUGGGACUCAAACUGCCAGUGAAGGAUUUGGAACUGGGCACCCAGUGCUAGUCUGAGGGCCUGGGACGGCCCAGACUCGAGCCCCUUUCUCCGCCCUGCCUCGCCCUAAUGUUUUCCCCAGCUUUCUUCCCGUUUUUCUUCUUUCUCCCCACAUCUGGGUUCAUAUCUGUGCAUGAGAGUGGUAACGUAGGACAUAGUGUCGCAUGCUGUAGUGAAGAGCUAGACAGACCACCAGAAGCGCUGAGCGCUCUUUGCCUGCGUCCACGGUGUCCGUUUCCAGUAGGGUUGGUCCCCCCCGAGCACGCGCUUUACCCCACGGGAGCGGAUCAACUAGGGGAGGGCUUUCCAGGGACGUCACAGUGCGCAUGCGCGAUUUGGUUCAACAGACUCGUCCCCUGUGUGUUGUCCCCGGCGGUGCCCGCGAGGCACGUACUGAUGGGCAGAAUCGCAGGACUGUUCAUUUGGACUCCGCGGUGUCGUGGAGCUGAGCUGAACAGCGUAGUGCUCACGUUCAGACACCGAAAGAUCUGGGCAGGGUCCACUUGGAGGGUCAGCGGUGGUCAGGAAAUGUUUCAGAGUAAGGCUUGGGCACUGCCGAGAUGACUCACCCCUGGGAACAUUUCGUUCCUUGGGACCAGCUGUCUCGGGUGGGCCCAGGACGCUCAGAUACUAGGUCCUGAGCACUGUGGGUCUCGGCGAAGGGUCGGUUCUCUUCCCUCAGUCGUCUCUAAGCAAAAAUCACCAUAUUUGUGAGUUCUUUGGGUCAUUUCCUCCACCUCCCCAUGAGAGGCCAUCCCAUAAUUUGUGCCUAGUUUGUUGUGCAUUCCCAAUGGAGCUCCAUUCCAGCCUCCCAUCCAAGUGCUAACCAGGCCCAACCCUGCUCAGCUUCUGAGAUCAGACGGCACCGGGUGCAUCCUGGGUGGUGUGGCCGCAGACUCCAUUCCAAUUUCUACAUGAUGGUUAGCACCGUGGUUCAAUGUCUCGACCCCGUAUUUCAUCUUUUCUAAAUGUCUUUCUAUAGCCUGUAGAUACCUUGCCUUCCAACCUCUGGGAAAAUGAGACUUACCCUGGUUCUGUCUCUGUGUUAUAUAUGUAAGUCACACACUCUGAAAAGACAGAGAACUUCUCAAUUUUUACUCUUCACUUUUUCAUUUAUAGUCAGUGCCGCUUGCAGCCAUAGAGAAGUCAAGCAAAUGGAGAGUUUAGUAGAAAAAAACCAUAAUAUAAACUGUGCUGAUAGUGCAUUUUAGGUCAUGGUAUUUACAGAAAUUUCUCAUAAAUACAGCUUAGGUAAGUAGUGAGUGAGCCAAUUAAGAUGAUAGCUUUUAAGACUACAGUUAGCUAAUUCAGUGUUAAGGGUUCCCAAUUCCCAGCACUCAGAACUGCACUCUAACGAGAGCAAAUCACGUGUGUGCAGAGGUCGGCAAAGCCAUGAUCGGUAUUACCUCCUGGUAUCCCGAACACGCACAGAUGAAAUUCUUCACAUGUGACCUGUGUUCAGGUCAUGUGUGCCGUGAUGGUGUUUUCUGUCCAUAUAAAUAUCUAAUGAAUGGCUGCAGAGAGGGCGAGGCUAGAGUCACGUGGUCUGGGUUUCUGUUUUCUUAUGGGAAUACUAUCUAAACCUCAAAUGGUUGCCUUUAGGGGAGGCCCUUUGAAUAAUUUUCUUUCUCUUUUUUUUCCAAUCAUUUUCUUAUUUGUCUUCAUAUUACAAGGGUCUCAGGCAAAGUUUCCAGUUCAAAUCUUGUAUAUUGAUGUGACAGUUUCGUCCCGUUUAGCGGCAAUGAAACCCAACAACAGACCUUAAUGUCACAUUUGCUUAAAAAUGACUUCAUUUGUUAAAAAAAAAGUCUCCACUCAUUUUACUGAACUCUCCCUUUUCUAGGGCAAAUAUCAUUGCCAUUUGCCAACACCAACGUGAACUUGCAGUUUUCAAGAGCGGCCUGUGAACACGUUUAGAAAAGGAAACGGAGAUGGGUGUGAACUUCCCGUUUUCAUCCCCUCUGCCCGCAGUGCAUGUUGGUUCUUCCCUCUCCUUGAUCGCUUUUUCUGUCUUGCUCCCAAAGCUAGAACGUACUAGAAUCCACCACAGGAGCUAAACCCUGAGCGUCCCCUAGACUUACCUGUAGGAAGCUGAGCUGUGGCCUCACCUGCCCCUGCGUCUCCCACAGUAACCUGUCUGCCAUUAACACGCAUUCCCACGAGAAAGCCAUAUUGCUGAGAGGCCCGCAUUAUGUGGUCGAUUUCGUGUAGUGGCAUCCAAAGUGAGCCUCUGCCGUGGACACCCGGGGCAGUGGGAGAGGCAGGGGGAGUAAGUCAGGCUUGGAAACUGCCUGCAGCCUUUGCAACUUGAAGGCUGGUGACAAGAGCUGAAAUGCAUUGGCAUUCUUCACGGGACCUCUAUGUUUGUAUCAGGACAAAUGGCUUUUGGAUUUUCUCUCUCACUUCCUGGCUAAAGCUUGAGUCUGGUGCUGGAUGCCAACCCGGUUUCUGCUAAUUAUUGCUGUUGUGAUUAAAAGAAGGGGGGAAAUCCCAUGGGUGUUGCCAGAUUUGUUUUGUACAAACUGAAAGUUAACUUCACGAUGAGAACAGGGAUCUCCUCAGCAGCUAGUGAGUUUCGCAGCUGGGAACAGCUGCAC